AUGGGUUUCGUUACCUUUGUGGAGAGUUACGUCGUUGGGUCUUCUCAGGACAUCAGCACAUGGUGGUAUACUGAUUGGAUAGUUGUUGGCUGGAAGGCUGCUAUUAUUGGUGCGUACUUAGGAAUACAUACUCUAUUGACCAUGACCAGGUUGGUGCUUCAGACCAUAAUACUUACACCACUAUUCCUGAGGUGUUAUUCAAUAUACCGGCGGUUUUGGUGGCAUGUUCCCUUUUUUGGACCGAUACUGCUUGAGGCUGGCUCCUAUUGUCUUACUAGCAUACCCAGAGUGAUUAAUCCGACAUUGAGUCUGAUUUGCGAAAUAAUUGAGAUUAUAUUCCAAAUACAUGUCACUGAACUGAUGUUUGGACACGAGAAGGAAUCAGUAAGGAUUGUUUAUGGAGAAGAUUGCGCUGAGGUGGAUCUCUUUGACGAGGAGAAUCAACUUAUGACAACACUUGUACUGAGUAAUCACAGAUCAUUAGUCGAUUAUCUUUUGAUUCAACAUUUGUUGAUGAAAGGUGCUAAACAGCACACUACACUUAGAAAGAAAGAUGUCAUUUAUAAUUACUUUAAACAACGGAUUCUUAAGGGAAUGCAAGUACAAUUUCUUAGUUGGGGUCAAAUAGUUAAGUUCCCGACCCUUUUGUUUGGCUUCAAUGUCAUAAACUCAGAUGAGAAUUGCUUUGUACCCAGUGAUGACUUAGAGACGUUCUUGAAAUCUACUAAUCAGUGUAUGGUCCACUUCCCCGAAACCAACAUACUAACGACGGAACUUUUUUUAGUACAGAGAAGUAUAAAUUCGAGCAAAACAUUUGCUGUAAAAUAUAACAACUUAUUGAAUCCAAGAUUCAAAACAUUCGUUAAUGUGAUUGAUUGCUUUGCAAAAUGUACUGAGAUUCCCAGGUUACCACAUAUACCUAUCGUUACUGAAACAAAAAAGUUCAUCAAUAAAAAAUUGGAUGAUAUUAUAACAAAUUCAAAUGGUGAUGUUCAACAAAACGCUGUUGUUACGCAUAUAAUUGCGCAUUCAGAUGUGAAGUCUAAUCAAGAAUCAAAACCCCACAAAACCAAGAAACAACAUCGAGUAAGGAUAAAUUCACACAUCUAUGAUAUCACCAUUGUGUAUUUAAGAGUUAAGUAUGUGACCAAUGUUCAUGAUCAUAUAGAUGGAAGCAUAGUACCUCGAAGCGGCUACCAGCUUGACGAAAUAGCUCCAUCAUUACUAGAAUUUCUUAGACCAGACUCUAAAGUUGAUAGAGAUCCUAUUAUCACCUACGUGAAUAUCAAAAGGUUUGACACAGAUGCUAUACUAUGUUUGAAAGAUCGACAUCUCGAAAAAUGGUUAGAAGACAUUUGGAAGCAGAAGGAUCUCGAAAUUUCAAAAGUCAUAGAAAAAAUAACGGUAAAUUAA